CAACAAUAUUUUUUCUCAUUUUCUCUCACGUGUUGGUUAAAAUAAUUAUAUUUUAAAUAUUGAUAUAAUUAAGAUGACGGAAAUUGUUUUGCCGGGUGACCGAAUAUCAGCUGCAGAGGAACUAGCCAAACUUAAAAAAGUAAUUUUGGGACCGGGCUUGCGAAGAGAAAAUGAACAAGUGGUAGUCUGCAAAGCAGGGAGAUUAAAUUACAAAGAGCCGAAUGCCUACUGGAUUGAUAGCUAUCAGCAACGCUAUGUACCUGUGAGAGGUGACGCUGUGAUAGGUGUUGUAACUGCUAAAGCAGGGGAUAUAUUUCGAGUGGAUAUUGGUGCACAUGAGCAGGCUUCAUUGUCAUACUUGGCUUUCGAGUCGGCUACAAAGAAGAAUCGACCAGAUGUAAAUCCUGGAGACGUACUGUAUGGACGGUUAAUUGUGGCUAGUCGUGACUUGGAACCAGAAUUAGUUUGUGUCAAUUCAAUAGGAAAGAAAGGUAAACUUGGCGUGCUAACUGACGGCUUUGUCAUGAACUGUAGCUUAAAUUUAGCACGGAUGAUUUUACGAGAAAACUGUCCUUUAUUGCGGUCACUUACUAAAGAAAUGCCGUAUGAAAUUGCUGUUGGACUAAAUGGUCGUAUUUGGCUAAAGGCAAAAAGUCUACGUGAAACGAUAGCUCUCGGAAAUGCAAUAUUAGCAGCAGAAAAUGCUUCUAACGAGGAAAUGUCAAAGAUAUGUGAAAAUAUUGGAAAUAUACUCUUUACAUAGUUUAAA